CUCAUCCAUUUCCUUUCCAUUUCCCCUAUCUCUCUCUCUACUGUCUCUAUUUCAAUAUUUUCUCCCUACAAUCUUGUUCUAGAUACUCCAGGCCCCGAUCUCAAGUCUCCCGAUCUAGGGUUUCGCCUCUCUCCCUGUCUCUCUCCUCUCUGCUGUUCUAGUUUGGUUCCGGAAAGGGUUUGGGUUUUGGAGAUCCGGUUUGCUUCUCCUGUCUUGGCUCGAGAUCCGGGCCAAGCACAGAAGAAUCGGAUUAGGGUUUCGGUGCCGCUCACUUCCACUUCAUUGAGGGUUUUGUGAGCGGAAAUGGCUUCGAACGAGGGGUUUUUGACGAAUGAACAAAGGGAAACGUUGAAAAUGGCAACACAGAAUGCAGAGGGUUUGUCCUCAUCGCCAAAGUCUCCAACGUCUUUGCUUUCUGAGCAUCAUAUAAAAGUUCCUGUCAGUGGCAAGGCGCCAACGGCUGGAAUUGCUGUGAGGCAUGUGCGUCGCUCACACUCCGGGAAGUUUGUUAGGGUUAAGAAGGAUGGUGCUGGUGGUAAGGGAACAUGGGGAAAACUGCUUGACACUGAUGGUGAGUCACAUAUUGAUCGAAAUGAUCCCAACUAUGAUAGCGGCGAGGAACCGUAUCAGCUUGUUGGGUCCACGAUUUCAGACCCCUUAGAUGAAUAUAAGAAAGCAGUGGUUUCCAUCAUAGAAGAAUAUUUCAGCACUGGUGAUGUGGAAUUGGCUGCAUCUGACCUCAGGGAACUGGGAUCAAAUGAAUAUCAUCCCUACUUCAUUAAGAGGCUUGUUUCUAUGGCCAUGGACAGACAUGAUAAGGAGAAAGAAAUGGCCUCAGUUCUGCUUUCAGCUCUUUAUGCUGAUGUCAUCAGCUCUGCCCAGAUUAGCCAAGGGUUUUUCAUACUUCUCGAGUCUGCUGAUGACCUUGCAGUGGAUAUACUGGAUGCAGUUGAUGUUCUUGCUUUGUUUAUUGCUCGUGCUGUGGUCGAUGACAUCCUUCCUCCAGCUUUCCUUACUAGGGCAAAAAAAACACUCCCUGAGUCCUCCAAGGGACAUCAGGUUAUCCAAACCGCUGAGAAGAGCUAUCUCUCUGCUCCACACCAUGCAGAACUUGUGGAAAGAAGAUGGGGUGGUAGCACCCAUAUUACUGUGGAGGAAGUGAAGAAAAAGAUUGCUGAUCUAUUGAGAGAAUACGUGGAGAGUGGAGAUGCUUUUGAGGCAUGUAGGUGCAUAAGGGAGCUAGGGGUUUCAUUCUUCCACCAUGAGGUUGUGAAGAGAGCCCUAGUUCUUGCCAUGGAGAUCCGGACAGCAGAACCAUUAAUACUGAAGCUAUUGAAAGAAGCGGCAGAGGAAGGCUUGAUAAGUUCUAGUCAAAUGCUUAAGGGGUUUGCUCGGUUAGCAGAGAGCCUUGAUGAUCUUGCCCUUGACAUUCCAUCGGCAAAAACCUUGUUUGAGUUGCUAGUUCCAAAGGCAAUCUCUCAAGGAUGGCUUGAUGCCUCAUUUCUGAAACCUGCAGGUGAAGAUGGGGAAGUACACAAUGAAGAUGAUGAAAAGGUGAGGCGGUUUAAGGAAGAGGCUGUAGCAAUAAUUCAUGAAUAUUUUCUCUCAGAUGACAUUCCUGAACUCAUCCGGAGCCUUGAAGAUCUCGGUAUGCCCAAGUUCAAUCCUAUUUUUCUGAAAAAGCUCAUCACCCUGGCCAUGGACAGGAAGAACAGAGAGAAAGAGAUGGCAUCUGUUCUGCUGUCGUCCCUUCAUAUUGAGAUAUUCUCAACUGAAGAUAUAGUUAAUGGUUUUGUCAUGCUUCUGGAAUCUGCAGAAGACACAGCGCUAGACGUUUUGGAUGCUUCAAAUGAGCUUGCUUUAUUUCUAGCUAGGGCUGUGAUUGAUGAUGUCCUAGCUCCUCUGAAUUUAGAAGAGAUUGGCAGCAAGUUGCCACCAAAUUGCAGUGGGAGUGAAACCGUGCAUAUGGCUAGAUCACUGAUUGCUGCCCGCCAUGCUGGGGAGAGGAUCCUGAGGUGCUGGGGAGGUGGGACGGGAUGGGCUGUGGAGGAUGCGAAGGACAAGAUCAUGAAGCUCCUGGAGGAGUAUGAAAGCGGGGGUGAUGUAGGUGAAGCUUGUCAGUGCAUCCGGGAUCUUGGAAUGCCUUUCUUCAACCACGAGGUGGUGAAGAAGGCAUUGGUUAUGGCUAUGGAAAAGAAGAAUGACAGGAUGCUGGACUUACUGCAGGAGUGCUUCUGUGAAGGGCUCAUCACCAUCAAUCAGAUGACCAAGGGGUUUGGGAGGAUCAAGGAUGGGCUUGAUGACCUAGCACUCGACAUUCCAAACGCAGAGGAGAAAUUCAGUUUCUAUGUGGAGUACGCAAGGAAGAUGGGGUGGCUCCUAGCUUCCUUCGAGUCCUCUGCUGCUACAGACAGUUGACUAACCCCGGGUGCAGCUUCUUGAGAAGAACACAUAUUUCCAUUUGUCUCUCAUGUAUGUUGCUGCCCAUUACCCGUUUGUACUCUGUUAAAACUCUUUGAAGUGUUUUUCUGCACCUCAGAGGUGGAUAGGUAAUGUUUGCCUCCACCCCACCCCUUUUUUUUUUUUUUUCUUUUGUUUUUUUGGUUUUUUCUGGUCAUCCGAAAUGAGAUUCCUGGUGAUCCCAGAGAAUGUAUAAAGUCGGUAGCAUUUACAUAGAUCUUUAGGCAAGCCCAUGUUGCAUAAGUUAGAAUUUUAGAUGAAGAGGAGUAUGUUAUAAUGUUGGUGUUUAUGUGCAACAUGUUGGUUUAGGAUAACCUUUCCAUUUCAAACCCCAGAAAAUUUGUGUUCUCUUUUCAUCCCAA